AUGAAAUAGCACGUCCUUAAAAUAGUUUUGCUGAGCAUUCUUGCAAGCCUAGUCAGCAGCUAAAAUCAAAGCACUGUAGUAUUUAGCGUACGAGCAACAUACAUGCCUGAUUUCGGGAUACUCUACUAUGAUAGGUACGACAUUUACGGAAGAUUCAUUGAGAGGCUAGAAUAUUUUUACCCUUUGCCCCCAAUUGGCGAGUGCAAUUCGAACUAUACAUUUGGAAAUCUUGAAUAAUCUUUACAAACCUCUAGUCUCAUUAUACCUGGAAAUCAAAUGCCAUCCACUUAGCAAGUGACCUGCUGCGAUUACUAUUCUCCAGGUAGGGGCUAUGAAUUCACCAAAUGUGAGAAUGGUCUUGGAAUCUUUAUUCUUAAGGAUAGACAGGGUACCCAGAGAGAUCUCUACUACAUGUCCAUAGGUUGGAAUUAGGUUGGCAUCAAUACUGCGAAUUGGACCUAGUUGAUUGAACUUGUUGACCAAUACUGCUUAACAAACUUUCCUGAUUAAUAAUUAUAAACCCAGCCACCUCCUCAAUUCUUGAGCAUUCCAGUACCUUGGCAAGAGUGGUACAAUGAGUGGUUAUAAAACCCUGCAUUGUUCAAUUGGACUAUUCCUGAUUAUAGACUAUGGAUCGAGAAUUAUCAGGAGUUCCUCAAUGUUACAAACACUAGCAUUUCAUCGGUGGUGGUACUGCCUAGUAACUAAACUACUACCUCAGGUGGAAGAAUAAGAAGAAUGCUCUAAGCAGCUGCUGAUAAUCAAACUGCUGCUGUAACUAAUGAAACAGGAGCAGCUAAUCAAACAAAUGCAACUGCAACGAAUGAGACAACUGCACCUGGAGCAGCAAACACAACUAAUGCAACUGGAGCUGCUAAUGAAACCAAUGCAACAGGCGCUUCAAAUUAAACCAAUACAACUGAAGGAGGUGCUGCUGCAAAUCAGACAAGUAAUGAAACUACAAAUGAAACUUAACCAUCAAAUUAAACUUAAAAUCAAACUGAAAUAACAGCUAUUUGGCUGCCUGAAUAUGAUAACUUUACAGUUCCAGAACUAAUUUCUAACCUCACAGCUCGGGGUUUGUAUCAGCCUUUUAUUUAAUGGUAUUUCGAAUUUUUCGGGGUAAAUGGUUAAGCUGUUAAAUUUUUCUCUUAAAGUAACUCCACCACAAGUUUAAGGAAUUUAAAGGGCAGACGCAGAAUACUAUAAGAACUGUUUAACUUUACUGGUGGAUCUACUCCUGUACCAGCUGGAAUGGAUCAAAUUGUCAGUUGGAUAGGUACCACUACCUAGUCAUUCUUGCUAGCUAUUAAUAUACCUAACCAAGCUGCUCAAGUAGUCUUGAAUCCAUCAUAAGCUUCACAGUAAGUACUUCAAGGGGGAGCUCCGGGAGUUGCCUAGAAUCUUUUGAUACCAAUAACAUUCAACUUCUACACCUAUACAGUUCCUAUGUACUGCUUAAGGCAACCAACAGUGUCAGCCUAUGAUGUCUUUUGCUGUAGAAAUACAGAUAACGACAAUCAUGUUUGCUACAGUCUCUAAAACAUGAAUCUUUUCUUCUAAACUAAUCAAAACAGACUAUGCCUAUAGGCGGAGUAGAUAGUAUCAUCAGCAUGCAACUUAAAUGAUAUAGCUUGCUAUUAGGACACUAUGUUCACCUGGUUUUAAAACCAAAAUCUUCAAUUAGUCUAUGGAAUGCUUUACUUCGACAAGGGAACACUAUAAACAUUAUUCAAUAGCUGCGCUCAAUUCUACAAUCCUUAUCCAGUCACUACCGACUAGUUCUUCCAGAUGUUCUAGAAGCAAAUUGGUGAAUUAGGCGGCCCUUGA